CACGACUCGGAGUUGGGGGCGGUGAGGCUGGGUCGGGCUUGUGUCAGUGGUCGGAGAGAAACCGGCCGAUAGCCCCGGCCGCCCUCUGCUCCCCUGCGCCCCGCGCCCGCCGCCCGCCCGCCCGCCAAGACGCUGCGGCAGUUCAGCUAUGCUUCGCCGGCAGAUCAAUCGCUUGCUUGUUGGAGAAGAGAAACGUGUCAGCACCCGGACUAUCCUUGUUGGCCACCACCAGGUUUCCGAAACAGAAGCUUACAUUCCUCAGACGUUCUGCUCCAACCAAAUCGUUUCAUCCAAGUACACACUCUGGAAUUUUCUUCCAAAGAAUCUCUUUGAACAGUUCCGUAGAAUUGCCAACUUUUACUUCCUUAUCAUCUUCCUUGUACAGGUCAUAGUAGACACACCAACGAGCCCUGUCACAAGUGGGCUGCCUCUUUUCUUUGUCAUUACGGUCACAGCCAUUAAGCAGGGUUAUGAAGACUGGCUGCGGCACAGGGCUGACAAGGAGGUGAACAAAAGCACAGUCUUUGUGAUCGAAGAUGCAAAGCUUGUGAAGAAAGAGUGUGAGAACAUCAAGGUUGGUGACAUUGUGGAGGUGUCAGCUGAUGAAACCUUUCCUUGUGACCUGAUAUUCCUCGCAUCGAGUAGCAAAGAUGGGUCCUGUUACGUCACCACGGCUAGUCUGGAUGGAGAAUCAAACGUCAAGACUCACUACACUGUGCAGGAUACGGCAAAACUCUGCACUUGCCAAGCCUUAGAUGGCCUCACCGCCACAAUAGAAUGUGAGCAGCCCCAGCCAGACCUGUACAGGUUUGUGGGCAGAAUUAACAUCUACAAAGCUGGUCAAGAGCCGAUUGCCAGGGCACUGGGUCCAGAGAACCUCCUGCUGAAGGGAGCAACCCUGAAAAACACUCCUAAAAUCUAUGGAGUGGCUGUCUAUACAGGAAUGGAGACCAAAAUGGCCUUGAACUAUCAAGGGAAAUCUCAGAAACGCUCCGCUGUUGAAAAGUCGAUCAAUGCUUUCUUGAUAGUCUACUUAUGCAUUCUUGUGGGUAAGGCUAUUGUGUGUACCACUCUGAAGUACAUCUGGCAAAGUGCUCCACAUAACGAUGAACCUUGGUACAACCCCAAGACGCAGAAGGACAGAGAAACCUUCAAGCUCUUAAAAAUAUUCACCGAUUUCCUGUCCUUCAUGGUUCUGUUCAAUUUCAUCAUCCCCGUCUCCAUGUAUGUGACAGUCGAGAUGCAGAAAUUCCUCGGCUCCUUCUUCAUUGGAUGGGACAAAGAGAUGUUUGAUGAGGAGCGCCAAGAAGGGGCCUUGGUGAACACCUCUGACCUUAAUGAAGAGCUUGGCCAGGUCGAGUAUGUGUUCUCUGAUAAAACAGGGACUUUAACACAAAACACCAUGGAGUUCAUUGAGUGCAGCAUUGAUGGCUACAAGUACAGCGAUGCCUUUUCAGAGGUGGAUGGACCACAGCUAUCUGGCAAAGCAGAAAGGGAGCGAGAAGAACUGUUCCUGCGUGCCUUGUGUCUCUGCCAUACGGUUCAGGUCCAGCAAAAGGACUCAGUUGAUGGAAAGGCACCACAGUCCAACUAUGUCGCAUCUUCCCCAGAUGAAGUAGCUUUGCUGCAAGGAGCUCGAAAGUAUGGUUUCACUUUUCUAGGACAAGAAAAUCACUUCUUGAUGGUACAGAAUGCACAACAGGCAAUCGAGAGCUACGAGUUGCUGAACGUCCUGGAUUUUGAUUGUGUGCGUCGCCGAAUGAGCGUGCUGGUGAAGACCAACAACGGAACGAUAUACCUGUUCUGCAAAGGAGCAGAUUCGGCCAUUUUCCCCAGGGUCCCACCAGCCGAAGUGCAGAGGACAAGAGUUCACGUAGAGAACAAUGCACUGGAUGGGUAUCGGACGCUCUGUGUGGCCUACAAAGAAAUAUCCUAUGCGGAAUAUGAGAUCAUCAGUAGGCAGAUCAAGGAUGCGACGAUGGCGCUACAGGACCGAGAAGCGAAAAUGGCCCGAGUGUUUGACGAAGUUGAGAAGAACAUGCAUCUGAUUGGCUCCACCGCCGUGGAAGACAAGCUGCAAGAACUGGCUGCAGAAACCAUUGAGGCCUUGCAUGCUGCAGGCAUGAAGAUCUGGGUCCUGACGGGGGACAAACUGGAGACCGCCCAGGCCACGUGUUACGCCUGUAAGCUGUUCCAGACCAGCACAGAAUUGCUGCCACUGACCACAAAAGUGGUGGGAGAGGAAGAUCAGAAGAGGGGGCGGCUGCACGAGCUGCUUUUGGAGUACCACAAAAAGCUCAUGGGCGACAGUCCCCGAAGCAGGAAGAGAAGCUGGACGUUCAGCCAGGAGUACGGGCUAGUUAUAGACGGGGCCACCUUGUCCCUGAUACUGAAUGCCCAAGACUCGUCUUCCAGCCACUACAAGAGCAUCUUCCUCCAGAUCUGCAUGAAGUGCACCGCGGUCCUGUGUUGCCGAAUGGCUCCUUUGCAAAAAGCGCAGAUUGUUCGAAUGGUGAAGAACUCGAAGGGGAGCCCAAUCACACUUGCCGUAGGAGACGGCGCCAAUGACGUCAGCAUGAUUCUGGAAGCUCACGUGGGCAUAGGUAUAAAAGGUAAAGAGGGCCGUCAGGCAGCCCGGAACAGCGACUACGCCAUCCCAAAGUUCAAAGACUUGAAAAAAUUGCUCUUGGCCCAUGGACAUUUGUACUAUGUUCGGAUAUCACACCUUGUUCAGUACUUCUUCUACAAGAAUCUCUGCUUCAUCUUCCCACAAUUUUUGUACCAGUUCUUCUGCGGUUUUUCUCAACAGCCUCUCUAUGACCCCGCCUACCUUACCAUGUUCAACAUCUGCUUCACGUCUCUGCCCAUCAUGGCCUACAGCCUGCUGGAGCAACAUGUCCACAUCGACGCCUUGAUGGCCUUCCCAAAAUUGUAUCUGAAUGUUUCCGACAAUGCCAUGCUGCAGCUGAAGCCUUUCCUAUACUGGACCUUCCUGGGCCUCUUCAAUGGCUGCAUGUUCUUCUUCGGAACGUAUUUUCUUUUCCACAGUGCUUCUGUGGAGGACAAUGGGAAGAUGGCGGGAAACUGGACUUUUGGGACAAUGGUCUUUACUGUGCUGGUGUUUACCGUCACCCUAAAGCUGGCAUUAGACACACGAUACUGGACGUGGGUAAACCAUUUCGUCAUCUGGGGUUCCUUGAUCUUCUAUGUGUUUUUCUCAUUUUUCUGGGGAGGAAUCAUUUGGCCUUUCCUGAAGCACCAAAGAAUGUUCCACGUCUUUGCACAGCUGCUGACUUCCGCAACCAUCUGGCUGGGGAUCUUUUGCCUGAUCUUCCUCUCCCUCUUCCCAGAGAUCCUUGUCCUGACUUUCAGAAAUAUGAAAAGAAAAACCCAUCAGCUCGACACUCUGGAGUUGCCAGUGUUGCUGUCCUACAGACAGCUCAGGAAUGACUGGACCUCUCCACUGAAGGCAGCGGACUCGGUGGCGAAUUGCGCAGGGCAGUGCCAACUCAGGAUCUUUCAGGUACAACGAUUACAACCCCAGCACGUGGGUGUCAGACAAACUGUGCUCUCCGAGGCAAAAUGAGUAUUUGGAAGCCAUGUACCCUCACCAAGAAGAAUGCAAGCUCUUCAUUCCUUUGCCCGGCUGCACAUGCUCUCUGUUUGAAAAAGAGGACGUGGGUUUGCUUUUGCAUUUUUAAACCUCGACAUGAAGGUGAGGAACCCUUGCCUUCUUUUCUUCCAUCCUCGUGGACGCUCUGAGAAGCCCCCACUGCAGUUUUUAUGGUGAAAGCCACAAGCGAGUUUGGAACUGGAACGGUUGACGUGUCCUCUCUCUGGCCAUGGCUCUGCAUGAGAAAGGAACUGCUGCUCUUUCAUGGAUCUCUUUCUUUGCUUGAUGUGUUUGUUUGCUUCCAACCAAAGAAAUGGCACAACUUUUCUGUUCCACUUUCCACAAACAGCACUUGAAACUUUCGUUUCCCAUUCCAUGGCUCUGCCCUAAUUUUGAACCAUUCUUCGUAGCUGUAGAGACGUUUAUCUUUUCCUGUUCAUGAAACAAGAACGUGCACCUUCUCUUACAUCGAUUCCUAAUGCAGCCCAUCAGGAUGGCUUAAGGAGCGAGGGCAACUGAAAGACCCUUCCUGUGGGACCCUCUUCCAUUACAAACACUGUGGGUAAUGUAAUGAAAUGUUCUUUUCUUAGUUAAGCAUGGGUGGAAAAUAUAUCGCAAAAGUUUGCAGGAUGCACAAAAUUCUCACUUUUUUAAUGUGUUCUUUUCUGUGGCCCACCUUCCGCCUCACCUCAAAUCACACCAUCAGAACAAACAUGAAUUCAUUUACUAGUGCUUAAAUGACUUUCUUGGGAUGAGUAAAAAUCAUUAAAACAUGUUCUCAGGCCUGUCUUAACUUGCUCACCUUCUCUGGAUGCAGUUUGCCACCUUCCAAAGUCCUCACUGUUUACAAGGCCUAGUCUGUGACGGUUACAAGCCAUGUGCUUUUGGCCCCACUAACCUUUUCUCCAUUUCCCAACCGUGGGCUUCUCUUAGGCAGUAAGCAGGUGAGGGGAAGUGCCAUCCUGCAGGGAUGUCGACCCUGCCUUACUUGGGGGAGAGCCUAAAAUGCCCAUCCUGUUUGUAUUUCCUCCCAAGUAUGGUGCUUCUAAACAGCUGAUGCACACAUGGCAUCUCAAAUACAUCCCUGUAAAACCUUGUAUACACUCAGCUAGACAACAAGUUUUGCAUGUGCAAUGAAGGCAUGUUCUCAGCUGCGUGUCCCUUGUGGGGACACACACAUGUGCAGGCAUUUGCCACCAUAUAUGAUGGAAGCGGUGGGGGAGGUGUUGGACACAUGGCAUAGUGCCAAGCUCCAGCAGGGUUUUCCUACCAAUGUGUGAACAUGCAACUCCGGUGUCACUGGGGGAGGGUGGGUGAAAGCUCCAGGAAGAAGUAAUUGGAGAUUAAGGUGAAGCUUUGAUUGAAGGGCUUCCUUCGGGCAAUUCCACCAUGCUGGGCUAUGCACAAAUCCCAUGGAAAUUGGAGCUGGGGAAGAAGGGAGAAGGACUAAGCUGGACCAAUCACAACCCUUGCAUGUCUCCCGGAGAUGCAGCCAAAUGUUCUAGAAAAGGGCCAAGAGAUCAGUAUCCCAGUAUCCCAGUUCCACAGAGCUUACGGAGUGUAUCCCUGAAAGCCGGAUGGUGUGUGAGAGCAAUGCCUGGCACUGACCCACGUUUUGCCAGCAGUGUCUUGUAAAAGAAACAUGUGGCUCAGCAUGAUCACGUUUGUUUUCCCUCUACAAUUCUUUGGCCGCUGCUUGCACGGAGCAGGGAAAUGCCAGAUGCGGUGACGCCACAUUGCAUCAAGCUCCACACACCAGAUGUAAACAAGGAUGCCACAGAGGGGGAGUGCCGGCCGUGCUUUCCCUGCAACUUCCAGACAGCUCCUAAAAAGUCACCACUGGAGCCCCCAGUUUAGCCAGCAUUUAUGCAUUUUUCCCCCCAGCAUGAGGGCUGGAACCUUGGAUUCUGGCUUCCUUACCCUCAAUUUUGUGAUUAACAUUGCAAUUUGAAAGCAUUUCUGCCCCAGUCAUUUACAUAGUCUGAAGAUAUGUUAAUUUUGUGUUUUGCUGUUUAAAGAUGGGGAUAAUUUUCAAAUUGAGUCAGGAGAAAACUGGAGAUCGCUGUCUUGCCCCCCCCACACACACACACACGCACAAACAGCAACUGAACCAGAAAUGUGUUUUUGUUUUUUUGGCAAGCUUGCCAGAGUCACACCUGUGAACAGAUUGUGAGUAUAUGUUGUAAAGAACAAACCAGCUGUGAAUCAAACUUCUCUUUCACCUCCACUCAGCCCUGAGGAAGAAAACAGUUAAUCCAGAGACAUGUGAGACGGAAAUAGCAGUUUGCGAUUCAUAAAGGCAUGGCAGAAGGGGGCGGGGGGCCCACACUCCUUCCUUGGCCACGCCACCGUCCACUCGUUUUGCAUCUCCCCGAGGCAUGCUCAAAAUGGCAGUGCAAACCACGGACAUGCCACAGUGUCAGCUGCUGCCAUCCUUGCAAAGCUGCACUUAACAAGAAGGAAAGUUAGUUUCCCUGGGAUCUCAUUAAAAACAAGCAGUCUGGUCUCUUUCCCAGGCAGCAGCUGGCGAUCAAAACCGGGCUGUAUCUUUCCAGACUGCAAAUGGGGAAUCUUAAAUUUUCUUUCAUGGGACUCAAGGGACACACUAUGCAUUAAAAACAAACAAACAAGGAUCAGGAGUUUGGGGUUGGAAACCGCCAAUAUAUGCUGACGUGCUUGGUGUCCCCUUUUCCUUCCCGCAAGGCAAGGGAGACGCUCAGUCUGACAUGAUACAGUCCAGGAGUAAAUUUAGCAUGUGAUUUACUGUCGAUACAGACUCUUAGGCCUCAAUCACUGUACACGGUUUUCUUUGUUUCAGAUGGUAUUUUCAAAUAACGGUUUUGUUCCCCUUCUCCUUUCCCCAGGGCUGGAGGAUUGUAUUUUAUGACCUAGAAUGAACAAGGGCAGUGAAAUUCAGCUUUGCAUCCAUGUCACGCCGCUCCAAAGACACUAGUGUCAAUAUUGUAAAACUCUUGUAAUUAAGUGGCGGAACGGCUUAAACAUACAUUUUGUAAAUAUGGGGGUCGGGAAGCAAAUGAGAAUGUAAAUUAUAUACAGAUUUUAAGAUGCAUUUUUCAGCUUCUUGCAAAAGCCGGCAGGACUGCAUUCUUAAUUUUUAUCACUUCAACUGCAAUUUUAUACAUUCAUGUUGCUUUCUAUAAUGACAAUAGAAUGUGAAUGUUAUCUUUUAUGAAUGCGACUUGCCCUUUUUUCAUUACAAACAAAAAUGACUUUUUGUUUUGAAAUAAUCAAUAAACUUUGGUAUGUUCUGAU